AUGUUGAAUGAUGCUGUAAUUGACUACAUUUCCUUAUCAAGAUUCAAGUUGCAUCAUGGGAAAGCGCGAUGUUCAAAUCCACUUCCUGUCUUUGCUGGUGUUAUUUUUUUUCCAGUAAUGGAGGAACGAAACAGGUACAAAUCUAGUACAAUUUCUUACCUAUUGUUAAUUCAUGUUGAUAGACAGCUAUGUUAUCGACGUUAGCAUAUAGAAUUAUUGCUAACUAAGCUGUUGGUCAGUGAGGAAAACGGGGUCGUAUCAAAACAGCGUCUGCUUAGCCAAAGCAAAGCUUGCCAGCUAGCGUUAGCAACCCUUUUUUGACAAAGAACAAGGCCAUGCUAGUUAGUAUGUGGAAAAGGGGAUAGAGAGCAAUAGUACUAGCGUAUUUUUGUAGACACUAACUCCGCCAUGGCUCGUUGGCCAAAGCCUAUGGGGAAAUGACUGGGGUUGUUGUAGCUAGUGUUUUUGGAUGAACGCCCAAAAUGUCGGUGGUAAACAGGCUUAGAAACUCAUGUUAAAAUCCAAAUGUUAUUCGUCACAUGCUUCGUAAACAACAGGUGUAGAGACUAACAGCAAAAUCGAUAAAAUAAUAUAAAUGUAAAACGCGUAACGUUAAUAAUAACAGUAAUAAUACACAAUGAGUAACGAUAACUUGGCUAUUUACACGGGGUACCAGUACCGGGUCUGUACUGUACACUGUUUUAACCGGCGUUAUCACAGUUGCAGCCAACAGUAUUUUUCAGUGAAAUGUUUCUGGCGGACUUCUUCCAUUACACACAGGUGUUCAGAACAUGCGCAUGCUAGAUGGCUAAUUAGCACAGGUGGUCCCUCCGCCUUGAUACACACAAAAUAACAUGGAGAUAUGGUGUGUGGGAACACUAACACUAUAAAGGUGUGUAUCAAUUUAAGGUUUUGUUUUUUGAAAAAUAUUUAUCGCUGAUAUGAAAGAUAAGGUCCUAUUGGUUCCAAAACCGUGCCACAAGUGAUGCAUGUUAAUGUUCAGACCGAGCAACGGGCUCUUAACAAAACUCCCCCAUAAAGAAGACACCUUUGUCCAAUGACUCUUAUGUGUAAUUUUAAUUGAACUGUCAUGAUUAAGAGCUAGGGUACGAGGUAGAGAUGUACAUAUAACUUUGAAUAAAUUAACAUAUAAACAGUAGCAGCAGCAUAUGUGACGAGUCAAAGUUAGUGCAAAAAGUGUCAAUGCACAUAGUCCAGGUAGCUAUUUGGUUAACUAUUUAAUUAUUUAGCAGUCUUAUGGCUUGGGGGUAGAAGCUGUUCAGGGUCCUGUUGAUUCCAGACUUGACGCAUUGGUGCCGUGCGGGGUGCGGUAGCAGAGGGAACAUUCUAUGACUUGGGUGGCUGGAGUUUAUGACAAUUUAAGGCCUUCCUCCGAAACCGCCUGGUAUAGAGGUCCUGGAUGGCAGGGAGCUCGGCCCCAGUGAUGUAUUGGGCUGUAUGUACUACCCUCUAACAGUUGCGUACCAAGCGGUGAUGCAGCCCAUCAAGGUGCUCUCAACAGUGCAGCUGUAUAACUUUGAGGGCCCAUGCCUCUUCCCUAUAGGCUGUCUCAUCGUUGUCAGUGUUCAGGCCUACCACCGUUAUGUCAUCUCAAAUUAAAUGUUAUUGGUCACAUACACAUAUUUAGCAGAUGUUAUUGCGGGUGUAGCGAAAUGCUUGUGUUCCUAGCUCCAACAGUGCAGUAGUAUCUAACAAUUCACAACAAUACACACAUCUAAAAGAAUGGAAUUAAGAAAUAUAUAUAAAUAUUAGAACGAGCAAUGUCGGAGUGGCAUUGACAAAAAUACAGUAGAAUAGAAUACAGUAUAUGCAUGCAUUUUAUUUGCCACAUGUGCCAAAUACACACAGCAGGUGUAGACCUUAGAGUGAAAUGCUUACUUACUUACCACCUGGGGGCGGUCCAUCUACAUAUGAAAUGAGUAAAGCAGUAUGUAAACAUUUAUUAAAGUGACCAGUGAUUCCAUGUCUAUCUAUAUAGGGCAGCAGCCUCUAAGGUGCAGGGUUGAGUAACCGGGUGGUAGCCGGCUAGUGAUGACUAUUUAACAGUCUGAUGGCCUUGCGAUAGAAGCUGUUUUUCAGUCUCUGGGUCCCAGCUUUGAUGCACCUGUACUGACCUCGCCUUCUGGAUAGUAGCGGGGUGAACAGGCCGUGGCUCGGGUGGUUGAAGUCCUUGAUGAUCUUUUUGGCCUUCCUGUGACAUCAGGUGCUGUAGGUGUCCUGGAGGGCAGGCAGUGUGCCCCCGGUGAUGCGUUGGGCAUACCGCACCACCCUUUGGAGAGCCCUGCAGUUGCGGGCGGUGCAGUUGCCGUACCAGGCGGUCAUACAGCCCGACAACAUGCUCUCAAUUGUGCAUCUGUAAAAGUUUGUGAGGGUCUUAGGGGCCAAGCCAAAUUUCUUCAGCCUCCUGAGGUUGGAGAGGCGCUGUAGCUCCUUCUUCACCACACUGUCUGUGUGGGUGGACCAUUUCAGAUUGUCAGUGAUGUGUACGCCGAGGAACUUCAAGCUUUUCACCUUCUCCACUGCGGUCCCGUCGAUGUGGAUAGGGGCGUGCUCCCUCUGCUGUUUCCUGAAGUUCACGAUCAGCGCCUUCGUUUUGUUGAUGUUGAGUGAGAGGUUAUUUACCUGGCACCACUCCGCCAGGGCCCUCACUUCCUCCCUGUAGGCUGUCUCAUCAUUGUUGGUAAUCAGGCCUACUACUGUUGUCGUCUGCAAACUUGAUGAUUGAGUUGGAGGCGUGCGUGGCCACGCAGUCAUGGGUGAACAGGGAGUACAGGAGGGCGCUGAGCACGCACCCUUGUGGAGCCCCUGUGUUGAGGAUCAGCAAAGUGGAGGUGUUAUUUCCUACCUUCACCACCUGGGGGCGGCCUGUCAGGAAGUUCAGGACCCAGUUGUACAGGGCGGGGUUCAGACCUAGGGCCCGAGCUUAAUGAUGAGCUUGGAGGGUACUAUGGUGUUGAAGGCUGAGCUAUAGUCAAUGAACAGCAUUCAUAGAUGGGUAUUCCUCUUGUCCAGAUGGGAUAGGGCAGUGUGCAGUGCGAUGGCGAUUGCAUCGUCUGUAGAUCUAUUUGGGCGGUAUGCACAUUUUAAGUGGGUCUAGGGUGUCAGGUAAGGUGGAGGUGAUAUGAUCCUUAACUAGCCUCUCAAAGCACUUCAUGAUGACAGAAGUGAGUGCUACGGGGUGAUAGUCAUUUAGUUCAGUUACCUUUGCUUUCUUGGGUACAGGAACAAUGGUGGACAUCUUGAAGCAAGUGGGGACAGCAGACUGGUAUAGGGAGAGAUUUAAUAUGUCCGUAAACACUCCAGCCAGCUGGUCUGCGCAUGCUCUGAGGACGCGGCUAGGAAUGCCAUCUGGGCCGGCAGCCUUGUGAGGGUUAACACGUUUAAAUGUCUUACUCAUGUCGGCCACGGAGAAUGAGAGCCCACAGUCCUUGGGAGCGGGCCUCGUCGGUGGCACUGUGUUAUCCUCAAAGCGGGCGAAGGAGGUGUUUAGCUUGUCCGGGAGCAAGACGUCGGUGUCCGCGACGUGGCUGGUUCUCCCUUUGUAAUCCGUGAUUGCCUGUAGACCCUGCCACAUACGUCUCGUGUCUGAGCCUUUGAACUGCGACUCCACUUUGUCUCUGUACCGACGUUUUUCCUGUUUGAUUGCCUUACGGAGGGAAUAAAUACACUGUUUGUAUUCAACCAUAUUCCCAGUCACCUUGCCAUGGUUAAAUAUAGUGGUUCUCGCUUUCAGUUUUGCGCGAAUGCUGCCAUCUAUCCACAGUUUCUGUUUUGGGUAGGUUUUAAUAGUCACAGUGGGAACAACAUCCCCUAUACACUUCCUGAUGAACUCAGUCACCGUGUCCGUGUAUACAUCAAUGUUAUUCUCAGAGGCUACCCAGAACGUGGCAUCCCAGAAGGGGGAGUAACAGUGGUCGAGCGUUUUUUCAGCGCGAGUACUACAGUCGUGGUCAAAAGUUUUGAGUAGUAUUGGUUUUCACAACGUUCGCUGCUUGAGUGUUAUGAGAUAUUUUUGUCAGAUGUUACUAUGGUAUACUGAAGUAUAAUUACAAGCAUUCCAUAAGUGUCAAAGGCUUUUAUUGACAAUUACAUUAAGUUUAUGCAAAGAGUCAAUAUUUGUAGUGUUGACCCUUCUUUUUCAAGACCUCUGCAAUCCGCCCUGGCAUGCUGUCAAUUAACUUCUGGGAUGAUCGUGUUGGUGUGAGCCAUGAUGACCAACAUUUCAAAGCAUUUCAUGGCUACAGAUGUAAGUGCUAUGGGGCGUUUGUCAUUUAGAUAGGUUACUUUGGCAUUCUUGGGCACAGGGACUAUGGUGGUCUGCUUGAAACAUGUAGGUAUUACAGACUGGGUCAGGGAGAGGUUGAAAAUGUCAAUGAAGACACUUGCCUGCUGGUCAGCGCAUGCUCUGAGUAUGCAUCCUGCUAAUCCAUCUGGCCCUGCGGCCUUGUGAAUGUUAACCUGUUUAAAGGUCUUACUCACAUCAGCUAUGGAGAGCAUGAUCACACAGGCUCUCAUGCAUGGUUCAGUGUUGCUUGCCUCGAAGCGAGCGUCACUGGGCAGCUCGCGGCUGGGUUUCCCUUUGUAAUCAGUGAUAGUUUGCAAACUCUGCCACAUCUGACGAGUGUCAAAGCCAGUGUAGUAGGAUUCGCUCUUAGUCCUGUAUUGACUAGGGGUGUAACGAUCCAUCUACUACAUCGAUGUAUCGAUUUAUAUUCCUAUGAUCCAACUACAUCGAUCUGUGCUCGGCGAGUUGGCCUUUUGGACAACAUAUAUCAAUCUAACAUCGUUUUAAAAUGUAAUAAAUCGAUUGUAUCGAUACUAGGAAAUAACCCAUUGGAUUUAAGCACGUCAGACUUUAUAUGGAUGUUUUUUCUUAGCACUUUUAAUGAUAAAGGCUUUAAACAUUACUAGAUUCAGUCUGCCUAUCCGUGAUGUCAUCGCCCUGCGCCAGCAGCAGCGCAAAGGCGCAAAGACAUCAAAACAUAGCAUGGCGGACGACAGAGGAGAAGCCGACGAGCGAGAAAUUAUCAAGCCACCAUUGCGGUCCUUACAAGAAACAGGAAUCUAGGAAAUUUCACCUGCACUGUUCAGUAUCCAGGUAUUUAUUUCAGUCACACUGGUUGAAUUUUUGGCUAAAAGGUUACUGAAUCGAUUUCAAGUCACUGAAUCGUUUCGGAUCGUAUUGUUCUAAAUGAACCAAUAUCGUCCUUGAAUCGUAUCGACAACCACGAAUCGUGAUACAAAUCGAAUCGUUGUUAAAACGAAUCGUUACACCCCUAGUAUUGACGCUUUGCCUGUUUGAUGGUUUGUCGGAGGGCGUAACAUUUUGUUCUAUUUGUUCAUCAGCUAACGCAAUUUCUGUGAAUUCUGAAUAAUUAGAUUAUGUAAUCAAAACAAGCAGAUAAAGGCUUCAUUUUCAUAAAGGUAAUGUUAACUGAAUGAUAUCUCAAAGAACAAAAUGUUUAAUCUCUCCUAAACCUGUGUUAACCUCAGACCUUAUUUUCGGCGUUUAUCCCAAAACCCAUUCUUUCUCCCAUAGGAAUGGCCAACGAACCAGAGGUAACUAAUUUCUGUUUUUUAGGACUACAAUCUGGCAAGCUCUAUUAAUGUAAUUUGAUCCAAUGAAUGGUACCAUCAAAUUAAAAUGGUUACAAUGUUUUACUUGAAAAUGUGAAUGUUUUUGGUUUUCAUUUUUGUUUUGGUGGCAUAGAUUUUUUAUUAAGAUGUCAUUGAGAUUUCUAAACUGCCCCUGAAGUUAUCUGCAUUUCAUCAACAAGUCAUCCAUUAUUUUUGAUAACGUACUUGGCAACCAUUAUUGGAAACAAAUAUAUUAACAUAACCUCACUCCGUGUACUACUCCAAUUUGGAACAAUAGAUGCAUACUAAUUUAAGAGAAAAUCCUUCUUUUACAAUGAGUGGAUGGAGAAAGGUAUCUGGUCUAUUCAACAUUUUAAUGGAUGAUAAUGGAAAUAUUCUAUUGCAUAACAAUUUCAUUUUUAAAAAAUGAUCUUGUUUGCACCAAUAUACUACAGUGGUUAAGGCAAUUCCACAAGCAAUGAUUAUUUUAGUCAAAGGAAUGUAGACUUAUUCUGCUGCAGUACCACAUAUAGCGAACUGCCAAAAUAAAGGAAACACUGUCUUAAUAGGGCGUUGGGCCACCACGAGCCUCCAGAACAGCUUAAAUGUGGCUUGGCAUAGAUUCUACAAGUGUCUGGAACUCUAUUGGAGGGAUGUGACACCAUUCUUCCAUUAAUUUGGUGUUUUGUUGGUGGUGGAGGAAAACGCUGUCUCAAGAAUCUCCCAAAGUGUUCAAUUAGGUUGAUCUGGUGACUGAGACGGCCAUGGUAUAUGGUUUAAAUUGUUUUAAUGCUCAUCAAACCAUUGUCACCACUCGUGCCCUGUGGAUGGGUGCAUUGUCAUCCUAUGGGGGAGUAGCCACGGAGCCAAAAUAAUGGCCUGCCCACACAGAUUAUCCAUUAUAUUGACCAGAUACUCAAGUGGCCACUCUCACAAUUGAAAGACAUUUCUUAAAAAAUUGAAGGCAGUCGGGAGGAGGCAAGAUCAGGUGGGACAAUUCUAGCCAAUGAGGGCAGAUGUGUGUGUGAACAGGCACAACUCAGAUAUCACGUGUCCUACUUAUCAGUACACUCGUAACAACCUAAGCAUUACUAAACUUCUAUCAAAUAAGCCAUACAUUUUGUUGACCAAAUUCGACACUCAUUGAUUCCUUGCUUGGUGAGUGAAAAAAAUGAAAACCACCACCUGCUGAAGAUAACUGGGCCCAAAAUCAGUCUUCUAUCUCGCUUCACCUCUUCCCAGCAUUUUUAUACAUGACCCUAAGCAUGAUGGGACGUUAACUGCUUAAUUAACUCAGGAACCACACCUGUGUGGAAGCACCUGCUUUCAAUACACUUUGUAUCCCUCAUUUACUCAAGUGAAUCCAUUAUUUUGGCAGUUACCUGUAUGUUUUCAUUAGUUAUAUUCUUAAGAACUACUUUUACUACAGAGUUUCCAUUCACCUUUGAAAGGGAAAUAUGUUAGAUUUCACUAGAAGUUCUAUAGUCAAAAUAAGAACCAGAUGCCUUUCUUUUCCUUUAACACCUAAAGCAUGGUUUCCCAAACUCGGUCCUGGGGCCCACUCUGGGUGCACGUUUUGGUUUUUGCCCUAGUACUACACAGCUGAUUCAAAUAAUUAAAGCUUGAUGAUGAGUUGGUUAUUUUAAUCAGCUGUGCAGUGCUAGGGCAAAAAACAAUGUGCACCCAGGGUGGUCCCCAAGACAGAGUUUUGGAAACCCUGACCUAAACCUAAAGAAGUUCAUCUCAAAACAAUGAAUGACGUUUACCCAUGUAGGCCUAAUGAUUUCUUCAGAAGAUUUAACUUUGACCAUUGUGUGUUUUGUAACUCAGAUAUUGAAAGGCAGAGCAUCUUUGUCACAUAUCAACCUACUAAAACAUGUUGGGAUGCAUUUCAGUACUGAUCUAAUAAUGAUCAAAAUUAUUCGUACCCACUUUAACAUUUAAUAAUAUCAUACAUUUUUUAUGGAGGACAGGAAAGCCGAAUGUAUGAACAAUUGUUUUUUUUUUAACUGCCCCUUUUCUUUUUAGCAGGCCAAUCAUAAGUUGUAGGCCUAUUUUGUCAGGAUCUAGUCCAGUGUUAAGAUAGGCCGACUAUAGGAAAAUAUGGGCUUCUCCUUCGAACUCCCUGCCAGUUAAUGCUGUAGCCUAUUUUACAUUCAGCAAGCAAGAGCAAGCCUACAUCUCUCCUCAAAUAGGCUAUUAGUAGGCUAAAGAAACGAAUCCGAAAUAAGUGUCCAACAACCUUUUGUAGUUUUUUCCUUGUACUCCACAAGAUUGAAAAGGAAUAGUAGUGGCAGCGAAGAGACCAGGUGCGUAAUUGCGCAACAGAACAAUGAAGACAGCAGGCUCGAGAUGUAACACAUAUGCAUAUUAGCCCAUAAUUCAUCAGCUCAAUGUUAGGCUUAAUACUGCAGUGAGUAUAUCCAGUCAAUUAACACAGCGAAAAAAAAAAGUUGAUCAGAUAAUGAAAUCAUAGGUAGCCUACACUGUGUGCGCUCCCUCCCAGUCCCCGGGUACUCAGUAGACAAAUAAGAUAUCCUCAUGAUCUGUGGAGUCCUGGCUUUCGGUGUGUAUCAACGUAUUCCGUGUUUAUUUCGUUUAUGCGUCACAACGCUAACCGGAAUGUAGGUAGCAGCCAUCUUGAAAUUAGGUCAUCGGCUCGGCCUGCCCUUAUAAAUUCGUAUGCCCAUAUAUGGUAGUAAGUCACACCAAAGAUUUGAAGGCACCGAUCAAUAGUCAAGAUACUCCGCUUUCUGCAGAUAGGUGCUACAGUUCUCAUACCAGACUGAAUUUAAUUUAAACAAAAUCGAAUAGGUAUGGGGACUUUACAUUUUAAGAGGUUUUAAACAAGGUAAAGUUAAAUAAACAAUUGUUCAAAUUGGUUAAAUCCAAACAAGCCCUUGAGGUUUAUAAUAAUCUCUGUAAUUUGAUUCCUAAAUAGACCAUCCUGUGUUUUUAUUAUUUAUUGAAAUAAAUAAUGCCUGUUUGAUUUUUGAAUGUCUGAAUAAUAAUAAAAGAAUCUAGCUAGUUUGUGACACAUUUCUACUUUUCAUCAUUUCAGCUUGCCUAGUUUUAUUAACAUUGUAUGCUUGGUGUAAAAUAAGAAUACAAUGUUUCACUAGCUAUCCUAACGUGAUAAUCUGUUCUUUACAGCACUGAGAAGACCCCACUCAACAAUGUCUUGGCACAACGAAGGAGCAAGAGUUACAGGCGAUCAAUGCGAAGCUGUGUUGAAGCAACUCAUCUGGCAUACACAUCAGGCCAUCUGACAGCUCUAAGAAUACCAAGAAGUAGAAGUGCUCCAAAGUCACGUGAUAUCACAGUAAGUAGCUAAGGCCAAUCAAUGUGGUUGUAUUCAUAAUUGUUCUACAUUGUUGACAAAUCGACUAAUCUGUAGGCUUGAUCUGUAGCCCUGCUUCAGAUAUUCUCAUCAGACAUUAUCAUUUGAGUGUAAUAUUUUGAUUUUGAAUAUUCUGAUGCAUGUCUCUUUGCUGUCUAGAAACAGGUUGACCCAGACCAAGUAGCACUUCUGGUGAAGAAGGAAUGGCAGCUGUCGUAUGUCACACCUUUGUACCAGUUUAGACACACUCAGUUGAAACCCUACUCAAAGCAACUAUCAGCUUUCAUCGUAUCAGAGAAGCAACAGGGCCUGGCGAUUGAAGUUGGUCAGGAGUUGGGCUUCAAGGUCAAUUUUUCUGUGGUCCUUGGGUUGGCAGAGACAGAUAAAGAUGCUGAGACGGUUUUCAUACAGGUAAGGGUUUUUCCUCUAAAUGUAGUUUGCAGUUCAUACUUUAUUCUUCUGUGGAAUCCCUUGACUGUGGUGUUCAAUGCCAUCUGUUGUUCUCAUCAUCACAGAUUCUCUCCAAACAAGCGUUUGCUGCAAAAGAUGAUGCUCAGAAGGUUGUGUGGAGUGGCUGGCUGACCUGCGUCAACGGUGACUUGGAUUAUCUCCGAUCACUACCCCCGGAAUUUGUCAGUUUGCCUUUGCUCUGCACCAGAGGACCAGAAUCGCUCACAGUGUUGGUCAAAUCCUGGUUUGAAAAGACAUUUGACUGUUGCUUCGGCCCUCUUGGUAUCAACUCUACCAACCUCCAGUGGCUCGCAUCACUAUGGACUGGGUGCCACCCCACCAUCAACAUCCAGUACCUGAAACUGGUCUGGACUCUCCCAACACUACCCCCUAUGGACGUUACCUACACCGUCGACCCACAAGAUGCCUGGGAGCUUUGGGACAGCGUGCGGCAGGUUGACACUACAGAGGACAGCAUCAGCAUCGAUGAGGUCACCAUGUUCAUCAAAGGGCUGCAGUCACACUUCUUCAGGCACUUCAGGAUAGACUUGUCUGCUGGGUCACUGAUGCAGAUCUCCACGGCUUUGGGUUCUUCUCACCAUAGUGGAAAAAUCAAGGUAGAUAUGCACACAUCUGGAAAGGCCAACAUAUCUAUAUCUAGACUAAACGCAAGUGACUGGCUAUUUGUAACAUGUAACUUGCAUUUCAAAUGGGCUUAGCCACACACUUAAAGGUGAACAAUUAUAAUUAAACAGUAUGUUUAACUUGUGAAUGGAUUUCCAACUAACCCUUUUGUAGCUGACAUUUGUAGUUUGAAAUAGGAAGUAGUAUCUGUUAUCUAACUACUCAUUUUCCUUCACAGAUUGCAAGCCCUAAUUACAUCCCCACCAUCCUGCAACUGCUGACUGAAUGUGCUCUCCUGAAGAUGCCCAUCUAA